CCACACAGUUCAGAAAGGCUAAUCUGUGCUUUAAAUUACAUGGUAAAUCAGUGACAAAGUUUAACAGAGUUGGAGCUACACAUUGGAUACACCAUGGAUGAUUAUGAUAGCUGGUCAAUAGACUUCUCAGAUGAAAAUAACACAGAAGGGUAUGCCUCUGGUGACUAUAGCCAAUAUGAUAUCUGCAUUGGAGAUUUAAACAGUGAUCUCAGGAAGAUUUUUCUGCCCAUAGUCUAUGGCAUCAUUUUUGUAAUGGGCACUGUUGGUAAUGGACUGGUAGUCAUUGUAAUGGGCUAUCAAAAAAAGUCAAAAACUAUGACUGAUAAGUACAGGCUUCAUCUUUCCAUUGCAGACCUUCUGUUUGUCCUCACUCUGCCUUUCUGGGCUGUUGAUGCAGCCAGCAGUUGGUACUUUGGUGGUUUUCUUUGCAAGGUCGUCAAUAGUAUCUACACUGUCAACCUGUACAGCAGUGUCCUCAUCUUGGCUUUUAUCAGUCUUGAUCGAUACUUGGCUGUAGUGCAUGCAACUAAUAGCCAGAAACCCAGAAGGCUGCUGGCUGAGAAGGUCAUUUAUGUGGGUGUUUGGCUUCCUGCUGCUCUCCUCACAGUGCCAGACUUGGUGUUUGCCCAGGUACAUGAUGAAGGAACCCGAAUAAUGUGCGACCGCGCCUACCCAAUUGAGUCAAGCUACAUCUGGAUGACAGUCUUCAGGUUUCAGCACAUCUUUGUUGGGUUAGUGCUCCCAGGUCUGGUCAUUUUAAUCUGCUACUGCAUCAUCAUCUCCAAGCUCUCUCAAGGUUCCAAGGGCCUGCAAAAACGCAGAGCCUUGAAAACCACCAUCAUUCUCAUUCUUGCCUUCUUCAUCUGCUGGCUGCCGUACUGCAUCACCAUAUUGGUUGACACCUUGAUGCUGCUCAACGUUAUCCAGUACAGCUGCACCUUCCAGCAACAUAUGGAAACAUGGAUUUUCAUUACUGAAGGUCUGGCUUAUUUCCACUGCUGUCUCAAUCCAAUUUUGUAUGCUUUCCUGGGAGUCAAGUUCAAGAAAUCAGCCAAGAGUGCACUGACUGUCAACAGCAGAGGGUCAAGCUUAAAAAUAUUGUCCAAGAACAAACGAGGAGUGCUUUCAUCAAUUUCCACAGAGUCUGAGUCUUCAAGUUUCCAGUCCAGCUAACAGACAUGUUCAUUCAAUAAUGACAGACAUUUUAAAAGACUUACAUGUCAAAAAAGGACUGACUACAUUUUGAACUGUAUAUACUUUAUUUUGUUUUAUAUAUUUUGUUAAUGCCCCUAUUGUUCAUAUGUUCUAUUUAAUUUUGCAUACAUUAUUUCAAUUUUUCCUAAAAGAGCACAACAUUAUCCAGGCAGAGCCUGUGGACCAUUGAUUGGUCAUCUUAAACCUGUGUAAAUAAUCAUGUUAUCUGCCUGUAUACCAUUCCUUAAAAAUAAUUAAAUUAAUGUACCAUGUUUUACAGUAUCUGAGGCAUGUUAUGCUCAUUAAAAUUGUUUUGCCAGCUUUAGACCCAGUAACAGAGUACGAUACUUUCAGAUUCACUUAAAAUUAUUAUUAUUAAUAAUAAUAAUAAUAAUAAUAAUAAUAAUAAUAAAUAAUAAUAAAAAGUUCAGAUUUUUUUUUUUAGCACUUAGUCAUCUCUUUUAAUAUAGAUCAUAUUUACUUGUGUAGUUUACACAAAAUUUUGGCAAGUGUUUUGCUAACUUUCAGCUCCUUUUCAAGUUGCUUCAGUCUGUUCAUGGUAAAUGUUAAUAAAACACAAAUAAUUAAA